GUUGUUCCGCCAAGCACUGCAGUUCAAGCUGCUGUCGUGGACAUGCCAACAGGGAUGCAGGAUUUCUUUGCACGAGUGGCCUUCCGCUUGGUGCUGGGGCUUUCCGUUGCUGGUCUCUCACAUGAUGCAACCGAUCUCCGAAGGCUGCAAGCUGAGGAGUUUGGAAUCACCUUCGGUGUGCCAACUGGCGAUGCAAAUGUCAUCAAGCCAUCCGAAUCCCGAGCUUUCUUUGUUUGCAUCUGCUUGGACGCGAUGUUCGCCGACUUCAGCUGCGCUUCCGCAUGCAAUCCUCCCAACCCCUCUGCCAACACGGUGAAGGUCAGCAUGGAAGAUCUGGCCAAGCGUGUUGCAGAAGAGCAGGCUGUAAGGGAGGAGGAGGACAGGCGCCGCAAGGCGGAGGAGGAGGCUGCCAAGGAGGCGGUUCGUCAGCAACGUGAGAAGGAAGCUGAAGAGCGUCGUCGCAAAGAACAGGAGGGAGCACAGCGUGCACGCCUGGAGGCUGAGCAGAGGGAGAAGGAAGCCAAGGAGGCUGCUGAGGCAGAGAAGGCCGCUGCUGAGCAGGCUGAGAAGAAGCGCCAAGAGGAGUUGGCACAGCACAAGAACGAAGUGAUGGCAUGGAUCAAGAAGCAAGGUUUCACUGGCAUCAACAAUGUCAAGAAGUCCUUCUUCAGCAGCACGUACCCGCUGCACAAGGCUGCAGAGGUGGGAAAUGCAAAGAUGGUCAAACUGCUGCUGGAGCAGGGGGCAAACCCGGCUCUGAAAAACUCGGCUGGCAAGACCGCCCAGGAGGUUGUUCUUCAGAAGAAGAAGGGCGAGUCACACAAGGAGGUGCGCAUGCUGGUGUGCGCUGUAAAGCGAGUUGUCGUGCUGUCUGUUAUCAGCUCGACCUACUAUAUCUGCGCUUUCAUUGCCAGAUUGCUCCUGGGCCAGUACACCGACCCAGGUGAUCCAAAUUCCCCAGACGAGCUGUGGUCGGGGUGCAGUCAGCUCAUCAUUGAGCUCAGCAUCCCUGCAUGUGGAUAUUACGGAGCAUUGUACACCCACAGGACUUUACUCUUUUUCUUUUGUGGCGCUAACCUUAUCUUUGUGGUGGCCUACAGCAUCAACUUCCUGCGGUACGUCAUCCGCAUGGGUGGUGGGGCCGAAGCGUGUGCGCUUGAGGCAUAUGCUACGCAGCAGCGAGACUGCGAGCUGAUGCACAGUGAUGGACCGCUUCGCUACCUUUUCCUUGGCAGCCUGGUGAUUCUGACAUGGUUCAGCUGUCUUUCCUUUGGCGCCGGCAAAGGCUUGUACCAGGGGCUGGCGCCCGGAGAUGGGCAUCCGUACUCGUCUGUUCCCGUGGUUGGGGAAGUGAUUGCGACUCCAGAGGGCUCUGCCAACGAGAGUGGAUCGAGCUCCUCCCCGACUCGCCGUCUGUUGUGGAUCUGCAUCACUGCCCGGGCUUCAGCCAUGGCACGGCGAAGCGCAGUGCCUGCGCUCGCGCUCCUGGCCUCGGUGGCCUGGUUGCCGCUGGCCUUCCUUUCGCCAGGCAGACCGUCGCCGGAAUAUGGGCGACGUGCUAUGAUGGCAGGUGUUGCCGGAUCUCUCUUAUUCGAUGCUGCACCUGACGCACACGCCGAGGAGGAGAUCGACUUUACCAAAGUGCUGCGAACUGGCCAGACGCCUUAUGCAAAGAUGGACUAUCAGGUCUUCCGGGAAGGCAAGUGCGAACCAGCACAGAUGGGCGACCUUGUCAGGGUGAAGCACCGAGCCUGGCUGGAAAACUUCGAGGAGGGCCUGCCCUGGGAGCUCACGCUAGUGGGCCGAAUGGAGGUUGGGCCAUACCAGACGCCGAAGAGGAUCAAGGUUGGAAAGACGCCUCUGACACCAUAUGAUCCGCCUUCACUGACGGACGCAGUCCUGGGUAUGCGCCCGGGAGAGCUGCGACGAGUAGUUGUACCUCCAGAGUUUGGCUUUGGCCCAAAGGGCAGGAGUGUGAUGGAGCCUAUGGAGGAUCAGGACAUCCCGCCAAAUGCUACGUUGUACUACGAGAUUGAGAUGGUGUGGACUGGCUGGACCAAGGACGAUGCUAGUAUAGGCCUCAAGGGAAGAGCGCCGAAGCGAAGCAGCUCCAAGACGCAUCUGCCGAUACUUGAUGAGAUCGGCCUUGUCCGAGGAGGAGCGCCGUGUAAACGAAAUGGCAGCUGCGCUUGCCUCAGAGGCAGCAGCUGCACGGCCAUGACCGUGGCAGGCGAAGCCGCGCAGGCUGAUGUGAAGACUUUCGUGGAAAGCUCCACGGCCGCUUCAUGCUGUGGAUCUUCUGCAGGUUUCACCGCAUCUAGACGUUUCAAGCAGUGGUUGCCAGUGGCCAGCGGGGCCCGACCUUUCGGACAGGCUCGGCCCGGUCCCGACUGGGGUGAACAUCCAGUGACGUGCAUGGCGGAUGAAACUCUUCGAGGCAUUCUCGUCAACCUUGGGGAGAAGGAUGACAACAAAAGGAAGAAGGCCGAGAAAGACAUGUUUGACCACCUUCGCGGCUUCCUGGCGCCACCUUCGAAUGAGGCCGGUUCGAAUGAGGCCCCAAACAUCAACGAGAAGGUCACGCUGCUGAUUGCAAACAUUGUCCAGGACUUCUGCAGAAGUGCCUGGCCCAGCCAGAGGACCUCGGGGCUUGUCGCCCUUAGCAUUCUGACUUUCGCCCUGGAGAAGGAGCGUGCCCAGCAGCAUGCCGAGUUGCUUACGGAUCCGGUGCUGGUUUGUUUCUCGGACGAGGACUCCCAGGUGAGAUACAAAGCCUGUGAGGCUUUCUACAACAUUGCCAAGGUGAUCCGAGCUGGAAUUCUUCGGAACAUCAGUGGUGUUUUCGAUGGCCUUUGCAGGCUAUACACAGACGUCGAGCAGAACAUUAAGGAGGGUGCUCAAAGCCUGGACAGACUCAUCCGUGACAUUGUGAUGGAACAGCGGCAUUUCGACUUCGCAGAGCUGAUUCCUUUGAUCACUUGCAGGAUCCACAUCCUCAAUCCAAAUGUUCGCCAGCUGGUGCUCGGCUGGAUCGUUCUGUUGGAUUCUUUGCCACAGGUAGAUAUGAUCUCCUUCCUGCCUCACUUUCUGGAGGGCCUUUUCAGCAUCCUUGCAAGCGAGAACCGUGACUUCCGCAUGAAGGCCCAGGACUGUCUGUUGAGCCUCUUGGAGCACAUCCGACGCUCUGCUACAGACCGCCCAGACCGGACACAGCAGGCCAUAGCCGAGGCCGCUUCCAUCGUGGCACGCUGCUGCCGUGCCGGGGGCGAGCAGCGCUCCGAGGAUGCCAAUGUGCGGAUGCAGGCGCUGGAAUGGCUGGUGGAGUCUGUAAAGCUCCAGGUGAAUUUGGAGAGCGGCGUCACCUACUUCCUUGCAGGUCCGCUAGGUCCUUCAGGCAAGCCAUCGCAAGAGCUCCAGCUCCCGGCCUGGUUUCCCCCGAAGCACGCAGCACCCCGUGACCUGCCCGAAGGAGCCAGUGCUGGCUCGCAGGGAGGCUUGCGGCAACUGAUACCGGAGCUUCUGCCAGGGGCACUGUAUUGCCUAGACGAUGCCGAGCAACAGAUCCGGAUUGCUGCUGACAAGGCCAAUGCCUUGCUGCUGAAGGAAACCUUGAAGCUCGAGAGUGACUUGCCUGUCGAGCGGAUGGCGAGCGCGGUCAUUUGUGCGAUGUCUGACGUGGGUGGACAGGAACGCAGCAAAGAAGUCUUGCUGAAAUGCUUUGGUUGGGCUGAUACACUCUUGGACCAGUGCCCUGCGCGGGUGGUGGAGCCUGAGGUCCGAGACAGUUUUUUCGAAGCGGCACUGAAGGCUUUGUUGCGUGAGGAGGAGGAGGUGGUCUCCACGGCUUUACGUUUCAUGGCGCAGCUGGCCUCCACCGCCGAGACGCUGGAAAAAGGUGAUGAUCUGGUUGGCCACAUGUGCGAAAGACUCUUCGACCUCAUGAACAAGCAGCAGAAGCUACUCACGCGUAGAGGUGAGCUCAUCAUCCGAUUGAUGUGCAAACGUGUAGAUGCCAAGCGGUUCUUCGCCACAGCUGCUCAGACGCUUGAAACGAUAGAGGACCCACCUUUUGCACGAAACCUCGUGCAGGCUCUGAAUCGUGGUCUACUGACUGGUCCAGAGACUCAAAAGUUUCGCGCUCAGCUCCGUGCAGAGUCCAGCGGUCAAGUCGCUUCGGCAAGCUUUCCGAUGAUUCUGAUGAAGUCCUGGCUGUGUUGCCCAGUCAGUUCGCUGGCGCUCAGCUUCUGGAUGAACUGGUACGAGCUCGCGGCACAGUUGGCCACGAGGCUUGCUACAAUGCAGCGCACAGAGGAGAUUGAGGAGCAGCUGAAGGACUUUGUGGAGCUGUUGGAGUCUCCGGUCUUCAGCGACGUACGGCUACAGCUGCUGAACAGGCGGCGGCCAGCGCUUCUCCGUGCGGUGCUCCGCCUCGCAGCACUGCUUCCGCAGGAGAGGGCGCUGCAGCGUCGUUUGCAAGUGGUCGAGACGGGACUUUUACUUGACCGUGUAACAGCCUUGCGAAAACCAUUGAUGCGGCAGAGCUGCACCGCAGAGGCAGAAGAGCUGUUGGCCAGCUUCGAUCGUGUGACUGAGGCCCACCUGGGCCCGGCAGGAUCUCAAAGGCUUGCUCGGCCGCGCAGUCGUUUGUCCUGGCUCAACCUUUCCCAUCAUCUUGCUCUUUGGGCACUUGCUGACAUGUUCUGGGGCUGUAUUGUGGCUCCAGGUGAGACCAAGAAGGUUGAGACGAAGGCAGGCGAACUUCUUCACCUGUCCCAGGCGUGCUUAGCGCCAGACACUCCCAGUGGAGCCUCUUCAAAAGUUCUCGUGGAGCAGACAGGCUCCUGUACAGAUGCUUUCUGUAUGUGGUGCGCAGUCCUGCUGUAUUCCGUGGCCUUCAGUGGUGUUGUCUUGCUCGGCGGGACCUGGAUCUUGGGAUGUAAGUCAGAGAAGGUCCAUUCACCAAGCUCUGAAGAUGCCAUCCCGUAUCAGACGGACAUUCUUCAGCUGAACGGCGGCGGUCAGAUCUUAAUGUCCCACGCUCCAGGCCGCCGCACCCGGAAUUGUUACCGCAGCCUGAGUGCAGAUGUGUCACGCUUGAGGCAUCACUACGGCGUGGACAUCGUGGUGACGCUGCUCUCGUCAAUAGAGCUUGCAUCAAUGAGCUGUCAGAGCAUGGGCGCAUGUGUUGAAGCUGAAGGAAUGGUGUGGAUGCACUUCGACCUUCGUGACAAAUGGAUUCCAUGGAACUCUCAGGCAUACUUGUCUUGUCUGGUACUUCCCUUGAAGAGGUACCUGCGUUCCGGGAGCCGGGUGCUAGUCCAUUGCCAUGGUGGGAAGGGAAGAACAGGUACGCUGGUGGCUGCCUUGCUCAUGACAUCGGCGGGAGGCGCCUUCCGGGCAGCAUACCCCGAGAAGCGACGGCAUAUGCGAUGUCAGACAUAUGCCGUCGCCUGCCUCAAGGAGGGAGGGCAGGAGUUCUGUGCCCUGGACUUGUUCCUUGAUGCCAAAGAGGCGAAGAUCGCAGUCAAGGGCAAGGCCACCGUGCACCUAACGGGUUACUUCGAGGCAGAUGAGCUGGACGAGGAUGACCUUCCUCCUGCAGCACCACAGGCCUCGCCAAAGGCGAAGGCAGAGCCCAAGUCUUCGCCCAAGGCGGCACCCAAGAGCUCUCCGAAGGCAGCCCCAAAAGCAUCGCCCAAGGAGGCCGCGAAGGCCAAGGCCGCCGCAAUGGAGGAGGACGACGAUCUCCUGGAAGGGGAGGAGGGUGAAGAGGAGGAGCCCAAGGAGUCUGACGAGGUGGUGAAGCCGGCAGCCAAGGCCUCCCCCAAGGCAGAGCCGAAGAAGGCAUCGCCCAAGGCGGAGCCGAAGAAGGCCACUCUUGAAGACGACGAGGAUGACGACAUGGAGGAGGAGGAGGAAGAAGAGGGCGCGGAGGACGACCCCGUGGUCAAGCCGCAAGGCAAAGCUGAGGCCAAGGGAAAGGCUAAGGCGGCCCCGAUGGGUGACGACGAUGAUGACGAGGAGGAGGAAGAAGAAGAGGACGACGACGACGAUGAUGAAGUGGACGAGCCACCUGCGAAAAAGUUCAAGGGCGACGGAAAGGGCAAGGGAAAGAACAAGGGAAAGGACAAGGGAAAGGAAAGGGUGGUAAGGGGAAGGGAAAGAGAUAAUUGGGCGGACAUGCUUCGAGGGAAGGCUGCCCACCUUGGCGACACCUGGAGUGAGCCAGAUGAUACCAGAGAGAGCUUGAACUCGAAAGGUGCUAUGGGCAAGAAGCCGGGAAAGAAGGAGGAGAAGCAAACCAGGUCGCAGUGGGAGGGGAAACACCCGGAGCCGAAGUCAAGAGUUGAUGAGCGGAAAGUGGUGGCGACAGUGAAGCUGCUUGGCUUGCUGCACCAGCCCGGGGCCUUGGAUUGUGACAUCAUGUGGAAAGCUUACAUCUACUUCGCAUUCGCUUCACCUCUGGCGUGCGCAGACUAUACCCUGGCUCCGAAUCUCAGAAGUGGAACCAAGCCAUUCCUUUUCCGUAGUCUUCGGAUCGAUUGCUGGGCAUACGGGAUGCCGACAGUCGAGGAGCUGAAGAAGUUUAUCGCCUCCCAUGAGGUGAAGAUCGAUGAUGCCGAGCAGGAGGCCGCGAACGAGCCGAACCGCAAGAAGAAGAAGGACCUGGAAAACGCUUUGAAAAAGCUGCAAAAUGACGAGAAGUACCUCAAGGCGAAGGAGGAUGUCAAGGCCGCAGAAGCCCAGGCCCAGAAAGAAGCAGAGCGAGCUGCAUUGAAUGGCAAGGCUGCGGACAAAAAGGGCGAUAAGACGGCCAAGAAGAAGGAUGAGCCCAAGGCCGCACCGAAGGCAGACGCCAAAGCGGACGAGGCGACCUUCAAGGACAUUGACGAGGCUUUCGCCGCCUCCGGCAAGGAUGCCGCCGACAAGAAGGCCGUUGCCAUCAGCACCCUGGAAGCUUUGUGUGCAGCCACGCCAUUCGUUCUGCCAAGGCUGCCACAGCUCAUCCCCCUCUUCGACAACAGCAAGCUGGCAGCACCUGCUGUCAAGGCAGCCACGGCAAUCGUUGAGGCAGUUGCCCCGAAGGGUCAUGGCAUCGCAGAACUGGUACUGCCAACCCUUCUGGCCGGCAUCGACGACAAGAAGUGGAAGGUGAAGGUUGGGUGCAUCCAGGUCAUGCUUCCAGCACUAAAGCAGAUGGAGGAGGGUGUCACAAUGCUGCAGCUCUCCCAGUGGCUGCCCACAAUUGUGUCCAAGCUUGCCGAGGCCGCCUUGGAAGUCCGCGCGGAGAUCCGAACAGCAACAGGGGCGGUCUUGAAGGAGAUCGGCGCUUUCGUUGCCAGCCCGGAGAUCAAGGCUCUCUCCGCGGAUUUGGUCACGGCCCUGGCAGAGCCCACGAAUCAAAAGCAUACCCAGGGUGUUCUCGCAAAAAUGGGCAACACCACCUUCAAGUCAAUGAUCGACGAGGCAUCUUUGGCCCUGCUCUUGCCCAUCGUCUUGCGUGGUCUCAAGGACAGAGAAGCCACAAGCAAGAAGUGGUCUGCACAGAUUUUCGGAUCUGCAGCACUUCUCGUGCGUGAUGUUGAUUUCCUCAAGCCUUACCUCAAGCCUGCGUUCUCCCUUCUCCAGGCUGCUCUGAACGACUCCGUCCCAGAGGUGCGUCGAGAGGCUGCCAAGGCAUUCGGCAUCUUGGAGCAGGUGCUCCCGGAAUGGUCUCGCACUGUUUGCCAGCCCUACCUCUUCGGCAAGCUGCGCGCUGGCGAUGCCUCCGAGCAGAUCGGGGCAUCCCUGGGCCUGGCCGAGGUCUUCGUUCGCAUGGAGAAGGCCAAACUCUCGCAGCUCAUUCCGGAGGUGCAGAAGGGCGCCAACGACGAGAAGUUGGCUGUGCGACGAGGGUUCCUGGAACUCAUGGACACAAUGCCGCAGGCCAUGAAGAUGGACUUCGUUCCUUUCAUUGAGCGCUUGUUCCCUGCUAUGCUCUUGGGCGUCACUGGUGAGAAGGACAUCACCGAUGAUCCGGCCCUCAAGGCCGCCCAGGCCCUCGUGGGCCGCUUCGGCGAUCUGUGCCCGGAGCUGCUGAUCUCAGCCUUCGAGGGCGCCUACGCCGCCGCCCUUGGGUCGGGCGAUUGGAAGAAGUUCCAGAUUGUGCGCGAGAAGUCGAUGCAGCUCCUUCUGAAGACUGCGGAGAAGAUCCUGGAGCACAAGAAGUUCGGCCAAGACCUACUAACCUGCGACGAGUGCUCAUCGAAGGAGAUCCGACUCCGCAUCCUGAUCCUCGCCUUCGUGGCCCGCAGCGAUCCGGAUGCUGCGGUGAAGCGCGUGGCCAGCAACGUCUGGAAGACCUCCGGCGGCUCACCCAAGAUGCAGAAGACCAUCGCCCAAGAGCUGACUGACACCAUUGCAAAGUGGCGUUCAGGUGCCAUGGGUGCCGGGCUGCAGAAGGUUGCAAAGGAGGCGCUUGCCGAGAUGGUCAAGGCCGGCGAUGCCGAGCAGCCAGCUGAGGAGCCCGAGGCUGUCAAGACUGACUUCGCUUUCGAGCCCGCGAAGACCUCGAACGAGGAAGCCACUCGCAUCGCUGCAGGCGAGUCUCCCAACAGUCAAGAGGAAGGUGAUGUUGCAACGAAGGAGGAUUGCCAGAUGGUGAAAGCGGUCGGUGGUUUCUUCGAGAAGAAGACUGAGUUUGGUUCCCUGCCAGGAGACCUCCAGAAAUUCCUUUUGGCCGUUUCUGCCAGUGUCAUCCGCGAGGGCCACAAGAAGAAGAUGCCGGGAUCCAAGGUCGUGGAGGAGCUUCAGCUGGCCCUCCAGCAAGCUUGUGGCUGCUGCAAGGAACAGGCCGAAGGCUUCCUCAAGACGUUGCCAGAGUCGUCGGAGGCUGUGGCGCGUGAGGCCCUUGGUGCGGACUUCGACGCAUUGGCGGGCGAGGGUUACGAUGCCGAUACUCUGUUGCGCGUGGAGAACAUGUUGCUGAUGUACGGGGCGGGCAAGCUCCUUCUGAAGGACACGCUCCUCGAACUGAAAGCCAAUCGUCGCUACGGUGUCGUUGGUCACAACGGAGCAGGCAAAACGACAUUGAUGAAAGAGAUCGUCCAUGGCCGCAUUGUGGGCAUGCCGACUCAUCUUCGCUGCGUUCACGUCGACGAUUCCAAGCUGGGAGAGAUGAGCAAAAGCAGCUUGAAUGCCUUGGAGUACGUGAAAAUGAAGGCCAUUGAGAUUGGCGUCACGGAUGCCAGCGCAGACAACCUCCGAAGAGUUGGCUUUCCAGAGAAGAUGUUUGAGGUGCCAGUGGCCGAGCUUUCCACAGGAUGGCGCAUGCGGCUGACCCUGGCCGUGUCCAUGCUCAGGCACGCAGACAUUGUCCUGCUGGAUGAGCCCACGAAUCACUUGGAUCAGGAAUCUGUGGACUGGCUUGGAGAUUACCUCCUCUCUCUGACGAAGUCUUCCGUUAUGGUCAUUUCCCACGAGCCCAAGUUCCUCAACAAGAUCUGCACCGACAUUAUCUCCUACAAGGACAAGUCGCUGGUUUAUACGGAAGGAAACUUCGAUGCUUUCGUCAUGGCCAAGGGCAUCAAGGCUGACGACAUCGAAGCGCUGCUUUCCGGCAACUUGAAGCUCGACGAGGACGAAGAGGGCGAAGAGGGCGGUGACGACAAGAAGGCGGCCAUCGUUCAAGCUCCCAUUGCCGGUCCGCCCAAGAUUGCGUUCCCGAUCCCUGGUUCCGUGGAGGGAGUGAAAUCCAGCUCCAAGGCCGUCAUUGAGUUCAAGAACCUGUCUUUCCGCUACGGCAAGGACAAGGACUACCUGAUCAACGAUGUGGCUGGUAAGCUGUCUUUGGGCUCUCGCGUUGCCAUCUGCGGACGCAACGGUUGCGGAAAGUCCACCCUGAUGACACUGAUUUGUUCAGAGAUGAAUGCCACGGAGGGCAAGGACGGUAAGCUUGGCGACGUGACUCGCCACUGCAACUUGCGAGUGGCCUACAUGAAGCAGGACCACCUCAAGACCCUCGGACCAUACUUCGACACAUCUCCCUUGAACUACAUCACCCAGCGGUUCAAGAAUGGCUACGACGAGGAGCUGCAGAAGCGCCUCAUUGAGCCCGAAGAUGACGAAGAGGCGGCUCGACGUGCCACCCUCGCCAAGCAGCAUGGAAAGUACGGGAACCAGGUGGGCGAGCUGCUGAGUCGAAGCAAGCAGGGCAGCCAGCUCUACUACGAGGUCAAGUGGGAGGGCCUGGACGACCCAAAGCAGAACACCAUGGUGUCCUUGAAGACUUUGAGGGACAUGAGCCUGGACAAGGUCGUCAUCGCCUGCGACGAACGAAUCGCCGCCAAGGCUGCCGGAUUGGACCAGAGGCCACUGACUCGAAGAGAAAUCACCAAACACUGCGAGGCUUUCGGCAUUGACGAGGAGAUGUGCUGCAACCAGCAGAUUCGAGGAUUUUCCGCUGGCCAGAAGGUGCGCCUGUCGUUGGCUGCCAUGUUCUGGACAAAGCCCCACUUCAUUGCCGUGGACGAGCCUACGAAUUACUUGGACGUCGAGACGGUCGAAGCUCUGUCGAAGGCCUUGAACAACUUCAGAGGAGGCAUCCUGAUGAUUGAGCCCAAGAUGGACUUCGUCGAGAAGGUUUGCAAUGAGACCUGGACCCUGGAAGACGGCAAGCUGAAGGUGGAGAGGAUCAGAGAGGACCUCCAGAUCUGGGCCGCCGGCCAGGGCAACAGGCUUGCAAGUGGGGAGUCCAUCGUCCUAUGGUCAGCCGUUUCCGGUUUUCUCUUGGAGAGGUGUUUGGUGCCAGGAGGCCGACCUGAGGCCGAGCAGGAGGAGCUCAUGAAGGAACUGAGGAAGUUCCAGCUGAGGGCUCAGGCCCGAGUUUGUCGCACUUUGCUGUAUUUCCCGCAGUACCUCUUCAGGAUGUGCUACACGCGCACAUCCUUCGACAUGGCGAAGGGACUACAACACACAUCCGUGGUCCGUGAUCUUUACCACGCAAGAGCCAAGAAAGAGGAUUGA